AUGCUAAUUAUUUUUUAUUUAUUCUCCUUAGGAAUUUGUAUUGACGAUCCGAUUCAUACAUCAAUUAUCUAUGGCGACAGUGAUUAAGGCUAUUAUUAUGUGAAUCUAUUUGUUGGAGAACAUAAAUAAAAAUAAUCAUUAAUUCUUGAUACAGCAAGUUCAAUUACUACUUUUCCAUGCAUUGAUUGUAAGAGUUGUGGUAACCACAUUGACUCAUACUAUAAUUUCAAAGUAAAAACAUCAUAUUUAUAAAUAGGAUUCCUAAACUCACAAAACAGUCAAAUGUGAUCAAAUAAUUGGAGAAAAAUAAUGUGAUAAAUGUCUAAACAAUAGGUGCUCUUUUUAAAUUAGCUAUGCUGAAGGAUCAAGGCUUGCUGGCUAUUUUAUGCAAGAUUGGUUAAUAAUGGGAGAUGAGUUUGAAGAUUUAAAAUAAUCAGAUGAAAUAGUUAAAUUAGAAUAGAUCUUAAGUGUUAUUGGAUGUACAACUUUAGAAACAAAUUUAUUUUACACACAAAAGGCUAAUGGGAUCAUGGGGUUGUCUCCAAAGACGGAUACAGAAUUUUCCUUUCCCAAUUAUAUUGAUGACCUUUAUCAAAAAGAAAAGGGAAGUGAAUUUCAGAGAAUGUUUACUAUUUGCAUUGGAAGAAGAGAUGGCUACAUGACUGUGGGAUAGUACGAUUUUAAUAGACACCGAAAUGAUAGUUUGUAUUAUAAGGUGAAAUACAAUCAAGACACAGAUGUAUAUAAAAUAAAUGUCCAUAACAUCAAAGUAAAAUGAUCUUCAAAAAAUAGAUAGAUUGAUAAUAUAGUAAUCGCUGAUCACAACUUAAUAAAUUUAGGAUAAGGAGCUUUUAUAGAUUCAGGAUCGACUUUAGCUUAUGGAUCACCUAAAUUAAGUGAAAAAUUGACUCAAUAAUUUCGUUGUUAAAAUGAGAAUUGUCCUGAUUUGCAAUUUUUAGAGGAGUUACACUGUUAUCAAUAUAUUCCAGAAAAACAUGCAAAUUUCUCUAAUUUUGCAUCUUAUUUUCCUAUAUAUGAGUUUGAAUUAGACAACAAUUUUACAUUCAAGUGGAAACCUAUUAAUUAUCUCACUUUGGCAGUGAAUACAACCGACAUAUAUUGUUUUCCAAUUGCCAUAAUACCUGGUGGUAAUUUAAGUAUCUAAAAUAGCACCUAGGAUGAUUCUUGGAUAAGUGUGGAUGAGAAAUUGGGAUAUUGGAUUCAAUAAAUAAACUCAAGAGAUAUUAUUUGUGGAAAACAAUUGUUCAAAUACUAAAGUGAGCCAUGAAUUCACUGAAGAGGAUAUCAUUCUCUUAGAAUAAUAAUCACUAAAAUAAAAUAAUGGCAGAAGAGUUUACAAAGAUUUAAAUUUAAAAGGAAGUAAUAAUUCUUGAAAUAACAAUUAGAAUUGGAUAUUUUUUAAGAAACUCUGUAUGCUUUUGUGAUGAUAGUGUUAAUGAUCUUUUUAUAUUAUUUAUUCUUCUAUCUACUAAAGUUAAAGAAUUAGAGAAAAUAUUAAACUUUGUAAGAAAUAAGUGGUUAGGAUUGAAAUAAUUGCAUAUAUUUUUAUUAAAAUGUUCUUUAUUAAUUAUUGUUUCCCAAAUUAUAUAGCUGCCCAAAAAAUCGAAUAGAAAAUGUGUAUUUAGGAAAUAUUGAUUCUGCUCAAAAAGGGCUUUCAUUAAAAUAUUAAAUAAGUGAUAAUCUAGUUGGAAUUGGGAAGAAUUCCCUCAGUAUAGAUGUUUGAUCAAACAAUCAAGUUUAAAGACAAUCAUACUCUUAAGACUAAUUAUCUUAAUCCAUUUGUUCUGCUGGAAUAUCAAAAUCUGCUUGUAUGUAAUGCAAAAUAUAUAAGUGAUAUUUGAAUUAGAAACUCUUAGAUAUAUUUAAUAAAAACGUUGAAGAUCAUAAUUCAAAUAGAGGUCUCAUUAAAUAACUAUAGAAUUACGAAUUAAAAAUUUAACCCAACUAGCGAAGAAAAGAAUGGUUCAGUGAAUGUCAAUUAUAAAUCUAGAUAAAUUCGGUUGAUUAUGAUGGAAAUAUCCUGA